AGAUUUAACAGGAGCAGAGUCCCCCAGUUGCAGGCACUCCCACAUGCUCCUUCCCUGCAAUAAUAAACAAAGAAGCAAAGAUGGAUGGAUGAUCUCCUUAUAGUACUUACUCGGUCAGCUUAGGUUGCAGCAUUUCUUGCUUGCGGGGGCAAGCAAUUAAUUGGGUUCGACUCUCGGAGCUGCAACCGAGUCCCUUGUACAGAUCUCUCUCCCGUGAGGUGGAAAGGAGUGAUCUUGCUCCGGGCCAUGGCAAUGGCGGUCUUACGAGCUUUCUGGAACGGCCCUGUUGGCCCCAAAACAACUCAUUUCUGGGGGCCAGUCGCCAAUGGGGGUUUUGUCGUUGCUGCAAUGGCUGACAUGAAAAAACCUGCUGAAACCAUUUCUGGGAACAUGACCACAGCCAUGUGUCUGUACUCGGGAGCUCUCAUGAGGUUUGCAUGGAUGGUGCAGCCACGCAACUAUCUGCUGCUUGCAUGCCAUGCUUCCAAUGAAGUGGUUCAGCUUUACCAGCUAUCCCGCUGGGUAAAUGCUCGAGGAUACCUGAAGAACAGAGAUCAAGCUGAAGAGCAGUAACUCUCUAAGAUCCCCAAAGCAUCUUUUCAAUGAAAUAAAAUUGGUUCAGAAAUGAUUAUAUUUUGCUGGAUCCAUUACAGAUACCAUAUACUGUUAAAUUUGGUUGUGAAGUAAUUAUGCUUAAUGCAUUUGUUCACCAUGAAAUGGUCUGUUGCUGGAUCUUGAAGCCAAAAAAAAUAUCUUUUCUGCUAAUUUCCUUACACAAUACAUUCAAUAAAUCUACUGUUAUAUUCA